GGCGGCGCGGCGAGCGCUCGCCCGCAGUGGCCCCGGCGGCACCCGCGUCCCCCGGCGCGCUCCCCUCCGCUUCUGCAGCCCCCGCUCCUCGGCUCUGCCUCCGCGUCCCGUGGUGAUUUUUUUUUUUUUUUCCUUUUUUUCCUUUCCCUCCCGAGAGGGAGAGGGCGGGGUAGGUCCCCUCCUCUAGCUCCCCCCUCCCUUUCCCUCCCGGUUUGAAUUUCUUCCCCCUGGCAUUUCACUGGCUCCCGGCGCGCGAGGCAGGAGCCGCACGCAGGCGAGAGGAAGGCUGCGCCUCCCCCGCGGCUCCCGGCCCCGGCCGAACUGGAGCCCGCAGGGGUGCGGGGAGAAGAGGACGCAGCGGGAGGGGCCCGGCUCACGCCCGCGCCGAGGACAGCCCGCCUCCCCGGGAGAAGCCCACGGAGAGACGCACGGCGUCUCCGCAGCGAGCUCCCCGAGUCCCGCGAGCCGGCAGCCGACGAUGGUGGUGGCUCCGCGAGCCGGCUGCGGGGCAGCGCUGUCGCUCUGGAUUGUCAGCAACCUCCUCUGCAGAGCCUGGACGGCCCCGGCCGCGUCCCAAAAAUGUGACGAACCACUCGUGUCCGGACUCCCCCAUGGGGCCUUCAGCAGCUCGUCCUCCACAUCUGGGAGCUAUUCUCCCGGCUAUGCCAAGAUCAACAAGCGAGGAGGUGCUGGGGGAUGGUCUCCAUCCGACAGUGACCAUUACCAAUGGCUUCAGGUUGACUUUGGCAAUCGGAAGCAGAUCAGUGCCAUUGCAACCCAAGGAAGAUACAGCAGCUCGGACUGGGUGACCCAAUACCGCAUGCUGUACAGUGACACUGGGAGAAACUGGAAACCCUAUCAUCAAGAUGGGAACAUUUGGGCAUUUCCUGGGAACAUCAAUUCUGACGGCGUGGUACGGCAUGAUUUGCAGCACGUGGUCAUUGCCCGCUACGUGCGCAUAGUGCCUCUGGACUGGAACGGAGAAGGCCGCAUUGGGCUCAGAGUUGAGGUCUAUGGCUGUUCUUACUGGGCUGAUGUUAUCAACUUUGAUGGCCACGUUGUGUUACCAUAUAGAUUCAGAAACAAGAAGAUGAAAACACUUAAAGAUGUCAUCGCCUUGAAAUUUAAAACCUCUGAAAGUGAAGGGGUGAUCUUGCAUGGAGAAGGACAGCAAGGGGAUUACAUUACCCUGGAACUGAAAAAAGCCAAGCUGGUCUUCAGCUUAAACCUAGGAAGCAACCAGCUCGGCCCCAUCUACGGCCACACGUCUGUGACGACCGGAAGUCUGCUGGACGAUCACCACUGGCACUCUGUGGUCAUCGAGCGCCAGGGCCGGAGCAUCAACCUCACCCUGGACAGGGGCGUGCAGCACUUCCGCACCAACGGAGAGUUCGACUACCUGGACCUGGACUACGAGAUAACCUUCGGAGGCAUACCCUUCUCUGGGAAGCCAAGUUCCAGCAGUAGAAAGAACUUCAAAGGCUGCAUGGAAAGCAUUAAUUACAAUGGUAUCAACAUAACUGAUCUUGCAAAAAGGAAGAAACUAGAGCCCUCAAAUGUGGGGAAUUUGAGUUUCUCGUGUGUGGAGCCCUACACGGUGCCUGUGUUUUUCAACGCUACCAGUUACCUGGAGGUGCCGGGACGGCCUGACCAGGACCUGUUUUCCGUCAGUUUCCAGUUCAGGACCUGGAACCCAAACGGCCUCCUGCUUUUCAGUCACUUUGCGGAUAAUUUGGGCAACGUGGAGAUCGACCUGACCGAAAGCAAAGUGGGUGUUCGCAUCAACGUCACGCAGACCAAGAUGAGCCAGAUAGACAUCUCCUCCGGUUCUGGGUUGAAUGAUGGACAGUGGCAUGAGGUUCGUUUCCUAGCCAAGGAAAAUUUUGCUGUUCUCACCAUUGAUGGAGAUGAGGCCUCAGCAGUUCGAACUAACAGUCCUCUUCAAGUUAAAACCGGCGAGAAGUACUUUUUUGGAGGUUUUCUGAACCAGAUGAGUAACGCCAGUCACUCCGUCCUUCAGCCUUCGUUCCAAGGAUGCAUGCAGCUUGUCCAAGUGGAUGACCAACUGGUGAAUUUAUACGAAGUGGCCCAGAGGAGGCCGGGGAGUUUUGCCAAUGUCAGCAUCGACAUGUGCGCCAUCAUAGACAGAUGUGUGCCCAAUCACUGCGAGCAUGGCGGGAAGUGCUCGCAAACAUGGCACAGCUUCCAGUGCGCUUGCGAGGAGACGGGGUAUAGUGGAGCCACCUGCCACAACUCGAUCUAUGAGCCUUCCUGUGAAGCAUACAAACACCUGGGCCAGACAUCAAAUUACUACUGGAUAGAUCCUGAUGGCAGUGGACCGCUGGGGCCUCUGAAAGUCUACUGCAACAUGACAGAGGACAAAGUGUGGACCAUCGUGUCUCACGAUUUGCAGAUGCAGACCACGGUGGCGGGCUACAGCCCAGAAAAAUACUCCGUGACGCAGCUAGUUUACAGCGCCUCCAUGGACCAGAUCAGUGCCGUCACCAGCAGCGCUGAGCACUGUGAGCAGUACGUCUCCUACUUCUGCAAGAUGUCCAGGCUGUUGAACACCCCAGAUGGAAGUCCUUACACCUGGUGGGUCGGCAAGGCCAACGAGAAGCAUUACUACUGGGGCGGCUCCGGGCCCGGGAUCCAGAAGUGUGCGUGCGGCAUAGAGCGAAACUGCACAGACCCAAAGUACUACUGUAACUGCGAUGCGGAUUACAAGCAGUGGAGGAAGGAUGCUGGCUUCUUAUCCUACAAAGAUCACCUGCCAGUAAGCCAGGUGGUAGUUGGAGAUACUGACCGGCAAGGCUCAGAAGCCAAACUGAGCGUGGGCCCCCUGCGCUGCCAAGGAGACAGGAAUUAUUGGAAUGCUGCCUCUUUCCCAAACCCAUCAUCCUACCUGCACUUCUCCACUUUCCAAGGGGAGACCAGCGCUGACAUUUCUUUCUACUUCAAAACAUUAAUCCCCCGGGGAGUGUUCCUUGAGAAUUUGGGCAACACAGAUUUCAUCAAACUAGAACUGAAAUCUGCCACAGAAGUGUCCUUUUCAUUUGAUGUCGGUAACGGGCCAGUGGAGAUUGUGGUGAGAUCGCCCUCCCCGCUCAAUGAUGACCAGUGGCACCGGGUCACCGCGGAGAGGAAUGUGAAGCAAGCCAGCUUACAGGUGGAUCGGCUGCCACAGCAGGUCCGCAAGGCGCCCACCGAAGGUCACACCCGCCUGGAGCUCUACAGCCAGCUGUUUGUUGGUGGUGCCGGGGGCCAGCAGGGUUUCCUGGGCUGCAUCCGCUCCCUGAGGAUGAACGGGGUGACGCUGGACCUGGAGGAAAGGGCCAAGGUCACGUCCGGGUUCAAAUCUGGAUGUUCGGGCCACUGCACCAGCUACGGGGCCAACUGUGAGAACGGGGGCAGGUGCCUGGAGAAGUACCACGGCUACUCCUGUGACUGCUCCAACACGGCCUACGAUGGGACCUUCUGCAACAAGGAUGUCGGUGCAUUUUUUGAAGAAGGGAUGUGGCUACGGUAUAACUUCCAGGCAUCGGGGGUCAGUGCCAAAGAGUCGGGCAGUAGGUCAGACAUGUCCCCGGAUCAGAACAACUCCCCUCCGGACCUGACCCACGAGGGGAUCCACUUCAGCUUCAGUACCACCAAGGCGCCCUGCAUCCUUCUGUAUGUCAGUUCUUUCACGACAGACUUCUUGGCCGUUCUCAUCAAACCCACCGGAAGCCUACAGAUUCAGUACAACCUGGGCGGAACCAGACAGCCAUAUAACAUUGAUGUAGACCACAGGAACAUGGCCAAUGGACAGCCCCACAGUGUCAACAUCACCCGUCACGAGAGGACCAUAAUUCUCAAGCUCGAUCAUUAUCCUUCUGUGAGUUACCAUCUGCCGAGUUCAUCUGACACCCUGUUCAAUUCUCCCAAGUCACUCUUUCUAGGAAAAGUUAUAGAAACAGGGAAGAUUGACCAAGAGAUUCACAAAUACAACACCCCAGGAUUCACCGGCUGCCUCUCCAGAGUCCAGUUCAACCAGAUUGCACCUCUCAAGGCGGCCUUGAGGCAGACCAACGCCUCCGCUCACGUCCACAUUCAGGGCGAGCUGGUGGAGUCCAACUGUGGGGCCUCCCCGCUGACCCUCUCACCCAUGUCGUCUGCCACCGACCCCUGGCACUUAGACCACUUGGAUUCAGCCAGUGCCGAUUUCCCAUAUAAUCCAGGACAAGGCCAAGCUAUAAGAAAUGGAGUCAACAGAAACUCGGCUAUCAUUGGAGGUGUCAUCGCUGUGGUGAUUUUCACCAUUCUCUGCACCUUGGUCUUCCUCAUUCGGUACAUGUUCCGCCACAAGGGCACCUACCACACCAAUGAAGCAAAGGGAGCAGAGUCAGCAGAGAGCGCGGAUGCUGCCAUCAUGAACAACGACCCCAAUUUCACAGAGACCAUUGACGAAAGCAAAAAGGAAUGGCUCAUCUGAGGGGUGGCUAUUUGGCUGUGGGAGAGGGAGGGGCUAGCUAUUCGGGAGGAGGGAACGGGACAAAAGUGCACCCUACUUUAUACUCUUGAGCACAUCCUUAAAAUAUCAGCACAAGUCGGGGGAGGCAAGCGACAGAAAAUUCUGGAGACUGAUCACCACAAAAAGUACUUUUUAAUAUUUCUUUAUAGCUGAGUUUCCCCUUCUGUAUCAAAUCAAAAUAAUACAAAAAAUGCUUUUAGAGUUUAAGAAACAAUUGAAAUUUGUAGGUAAUACUGUCUUAUUUUGUGUGUGUUUAGAGGUGUUCUAAAAACCCAUGGUAACAGGGCAAGUUUUCUACAUUUUUAAGAGCCCUUAGAAUGUGGAUAUUUUUUUUUCUUGAGAAAAGUUGAUGCACAUGGCCUCCAGCAUUCUCUUCCUUUUGCAUAUAGUCAAUUUUUAAUGGGCUGUCGUAGUAACUAGUUUGUGUUCAUAUGCUAUUUCUUUUGGUGUCCUGUAAAUUGGAAAAGGAAAGGAAGGGGCCAACAGAACCUAUUGUUUGCCAGUUUUCAAAGAGACCUCAAUCUAUGCCUAUUCUCUGAGCAUUCCCACCUAAAGCACUGAAGGAAGUGAGCAUGUGGCACCUGUUGUGUAACAACACAACUAACACAGCAGAGAGAAGCAUUAAGAACCAGGGGAAGUAGUUUCGUAUAUUGGGACUGUUGGUUUUAUUUUUCAUCAGAUUCUACAAGCUAAUACUGUUCCGUGUGCAUAGUCUUAGACCUCUUCAUGACCUGUGACUGUCAGCUACAAUGCGGUGGUGACCAACUGUUACAAAAGAUUUUUCCUCUGCUUUACCUACAUCAUGUUAGGUUACAUUAUAUGUGUGUGGGGGCACCUCGGUGGGGAAUUAGAGCCAGAUGCUAUGAUUUGUUUGCUCUGUUCCUUUUAGAGUUGUAGCAAGAGUGUGGACACUUUCUAAUGAAUGAUGCAUAAAUUAGGUUGCUCUUCUUAUCUUGCUUUAAAUCUUAGUUUUUAAGCCCUUGUGACAAAAUCCUAGCAGACCGUGUCCUCCAAAUGGACACACCACAAUAAAGCCAGGUUAUGAUUGCUAUUAUUAUUGCUUUACUCCAGAAUCAUAUGGAAAAUACUGCCAUAUUUUCCAUCAUCUAAUCCAUGUAUCAUUCCAUCCUAAACAGACACACUGCCACGAUUCAGGGACCUCUUUGGCAGAUACAUCUGAACCCUAGGUUCAUGACCAACCUGAUAACUGACUGUUGCUUCUCAGAGAAUGGACACGUCUAGUUAGUCACACCUCAGUCUAAUCAGGAAUCUUGACCAACUUGUUCCAACAAAGAACUCGUUGGUUUUAUUUAAAAAUGAUAGACUUUGUGUGUAAAUAGAUGGGACAAAGCUCCUAUUGAAGCAUCCAAGAAAUAAUUUCAUUGAUCUCUUUUUGUAAAUUACACAAGCUAUUUCUAGAAUGACUACCAUUUAUGAUCAUGAUAGUUCAGACUCUGAGUAAGUACUUUAAAAUUUUUUUUCAGACUCCAACAUUUUGAGGAAUUCAGUAGGAUCCCUUUUUUCCUUCUCCUCCUGGAAGCAUGUAAGAUGAGGUUCAAAAAGUAUUAUUGCUGUUUUUCUGACAGCAUGCCUCAAUAAAAUGGAAAUUCUAGUUUGUUAGGGUUAUAUGUAUGUAUUUUUCAAGAUUCUCAGUAUGCCUUUGCUUUUUGGAGGAUCUCAGUUUCUUGGGUAAUGAAAACUGUUAUCUAGAGUUGCCAAGGGCCCCCUGCACCUGUAUAUGACACAUUCCAAAGGAGAUACUGGACCAGUUCAUUCCCAUCAGAGUCGAGGUAACAGAACAAAAGGGAAUCGGAACGCCUUUCACAGUUGCUGACCCUCAGCCACUGUCACGAACACCCUUACCUUAAAGACGUCUUGAUCAUUAUUCCAUAAUACACGUUGUUAAAUGAAAAGUACGUGGUAUGACUAAAGAGCAGAACAGGAGAACCCAAGUGACAUGUUAAAAACAAAGCCUGUUUUGAUGACUACCAUUAAGGGCUGUUUCGUGUAUUGUCAAAUUACGAAAGCAAAUUUUAAACAUUAUGUUUUGUAGAAAGGUUUUUUAGAAUUUGUUUUAAACCUGCUUUAUAGCUAUUAAUUUUGCACUUCACAAAUAAUGCCAGAUGGAAAUGUAUUGUUUCUGGCGUUUCCCGUGAUAGCUUUCUUCUUUAUGCCUUGUGUCAGCAUUUUCCCUUUCUUCCCAAAAUGAUUAAGGGGUUAAAACAAUCAAAAACGGUCCCUGACACUAAAACGGCCUUACCCUUUCUUUUCACUCUCUUCUUCCCUCUUUCCUGCCUCAAAAGGUGAAAAAUAAAACCCAACACUUCCUUCACCAAAUUUGCAAACCUAGGGCACUGGACUGACUGAGGGCUCAGUGGGUCUCCCAUGUCACCGCCAUUAAGACAUACAGUAUGCCCUUAAGGGGGUAAGUCCGGCCAGCAGACAAGACACAAAAACGUAGAUAAGGUAUUAAGUAACUAAGUUAAGUGCCAAGGGAGUGCUGGAAAUCCUUGGCUUCUCUUUGGGAUUGUGGGCUUCACCAAAAGUCCUAAAUGUAUCUAUGAAGGCCAUAUCUAGUACGUUCUAAAUGGUCAGUAAUUUAUGUGAAGAUAAAGAAACAUCUCUUUUUUCCAGCUCCCUCCCUUGAAAGCUCAGGACGACACUCCCUCCCUUGAAAGCUCACGAUGUCGUGACCCAAGCUCCGUGUUUAAUCUUGCUUUGUCAGUCACAUCCCACAAAACCUUGACAUUCUUCUGUCCCAGUCCAUUAUCAUUCUAGUCCAGAGGGCUAGUGGUAACCUCUUUAAAUAAUAAACAAAAACAAAAAGAAAAAAAUUUAGAAACAAGAAGCUGCUUUAAAGUUUCAGGAACAACUGAUGGCUGACUUAAGGUUGUUUGUACAGGAAGCAUCUUCCAUGUAGAAAGCAAACAUCUAGGUUUUGACGAGGUAGGAGCAGGACUUUGAAAGCAAGAUCGGUGCCAUUCUCAGCUCUCAAAAUAACAUAUUCCCUAGAGCACAAGGAAACUAGCUUAGGAGGUGAGAAGUUACAUUGUCAAGUUCUUCUCUGACCCUUCUUAAUGCGUAAGGCUAUGGGAGCUAGAAACAAGGGUUUGGAGGGCCUUUGUUGGACAGUUUCCCGUUACCCUGCGUUUGAUGAACAAGCAUCCUUUACUAACAGGAGCAGGGAUUCAGAGGCAUAGGAAAAAGAACUGGCAUGAGCCAAAGAGUAGAUCUUAAUGUUACUGUUGAACGUCUGUGGAGCCGCCCCCAGAUGCCCUCAGAGAGCUGGGCACAAAGACACACACCAUAGGAAGCGCUGAAGGAAAAAGUAGCUACCAAAUAGGAAAACGCAGUGUCAGCGUGGCGUCCGGAAGAAACUUUUCUUUCCUUCUAUUACAGGAUCUGCUCUUUUUCUCCCUCUCCUUCCUUGUAUGGGGUAAGCAUUGCAAAGGUCUCUUUAUGCCUCUAAACAAUUAGCACCUCAUAUUGUUGUUUUCUUUUCAUCAUCCUGUCCAGCAGUUUUCAAAAAGAAAGGCAGCAGUUAUUAAAUUGGAUGCCAGUUAGCCAGCCAAAAACAGGUCCUAAGUUACUAGUGACAAUAGAACCAGCUGAUCCUGAAAUAGAUGAGAGACAGACAGCAUGUCUAGCUGAUUGGGGCUGAAACCAACCAGCGCCAUGUUUAAAAUGAUAUCAUGGUGAGCGUAGACCCUGGGCAUCAGCUGAUAGUGUCCUCACCCUUUCUCUCUCCCUGGCUUGCCACGUGACCUUUGUCAGACUGGUGAACCUUGGUCCCUCUUUGCCCCAUAUUUAAGAUACAGCUGCUCUGCCCACUUAAUAGGACAAUCGUGAGGGGCCAUUGAGUCUUGACUGCAGCGUCCUUUGACACCCAAAUAUAAAGACCCAAGUCAGUGGAGCCCCCUGGAAGACUUACUUUCUGGCCUGUGGUUGUAAGUCACACCAAAUGAACAAUGUGCCCACAUCCGGGAGUGUGCAGACUUGUGAGGCAUUGCUGUACAGCUGCUAAAUUGUUAAUCACGUAGACUGCCCAGGACCUAACCUGUCAAUACUGGAAGAUGCAACAUCCGAAGGCCAGAGAAAUCAGAACUUCGCGUGCACAAAGCCCUGCGUCCCCACCCAGAUGGGACUUACAGCUUACACAUGCCCCCAGUGCCAUUGGGCUGGCUCGUACGUAAGACGACACAAGAAACAAAUGUGAUUUUUCCGUGUAGCCUAGUGGCAACGUGCCUACACUACAUACGCCCUGCAUGAUAAUGUUGGAAACUUUAGAAUAGAUGUCUUUCACAGCAGUAUUUUCUGGAUAUGCGUGGUAUGUAGAAGUCAUUGUCGAUGAAAUAGGGAAACUGUGUUGAAAAGUUGAUUAUCUCCCGUGGAGCAAGGACUGGCAGAUUAUAAAGAUACCUGAGCGCACAGGUAUUAAUCCAACAUGCACUUCCAAGGUCACUUUCCAGAUGAAAAUGUGCUUUAAGAUCAGGUCUACACAGGUGGCCUGCAACGUUUCCAAGUUCAGUUUAUUUCCAAACAGCCACUGCUGGGUUCUAACAUGGCUAUGAAGACAUCCUCUCAAAGUAGGCCAAGAAACAGUUCAGAUGUUACUGAUUCUAAGUUUGGUUGGGUUUUUGCAUUUUUUUCAGUGAGCAUCGUGACUGCGGAGGUCAGGGUUGUGAAAAGCUGGGCUAAGUAUUCUUUCUGUAAAGUCGAUUAGGAUUCCACCCUGCGAAAUGACACAAAAGUUCACUCUCUAAAAGCAACAGCAUGUUAAACUACAAUGAAAGAAGGAAACUAUGUAUGUAUGCCUAAUAUCCUUUGUGAAUGUCUUUCAUUUAACUGAAAUUAUAUUAGAAACCAGAUUGAUAAAUAAAAAAUCCAAAAUAGUUUUAAUUAUCCUAAAA